AUGGCCUCAUCAUCGAGAUUCAGGUUCGCACCUGCGGCCGGUACUUCAGCACCAACGGCUCCACUCACCAAGGCAUCAUCCCACACGCUAACCCCGCCUGCCCAGCUGGCUCGAGCUGACUCGCGUACGACCACGACCACGACCACGACCACGACCAGCGCGAGAAGUGGUGGCCAAACAAGUCGGGUGCACAAGAGCGCUGCCGCCACUGCAGCAGCCAUCGUCGUCGAUCCCAAGGGCAAGGCACGUGCCACACCCUCUACCACGACGAAUUGGUUGGUCAAGCCUGAGCCUGAGCCUGCUUCCAGUACCGCCGCGGCGUGCUACCACAACAACCCAGGUCGGUUCAUCGUUGGGCCCCCCAGCUGCGGCAGAGGUAGAGCCUCGAUCAGCCGUGCGACCCACGUCCACGCCUUUUUGGCUUCCACCACUCAUCCCAUACCCACUCUUGACUCUGUGCACAGUCGCGUCGAUCAGCAAGCGAGCUCACGCACAGCCACUCGACGAACCCGUCGCGACGAGCCACGGUCGAGCUCACGUGAUCACGUCAACCUCGACAACGUCUUCCUCUACGCCUCAGGCCAAGACGGUGCAUGCUUCUUUGCCCCCCAUAAUACUGGGGCGACACAAGUCGUCGAACUCCUCACACACCGCCCAUUCCACCGCCUCGCCUCACUUCGUCGCCUCGCGUCCAUCCGCAGCGCCGGCGCCAGGUAACGACGGGGUGGCGACGCCGGCACCACCACCACCGGCCCCAAGACCGUCAACGAGUUCCAAGGUUGGCAUGACCGCGACACCCUCCCGAUUAUCAUCUCCCCCUCCACCUUCUCGACAACGCUCGUCGAGGGGUGAGAAGCGAUCGCAAAAUGAUCCAGCCCAGCUUCAGCUCGAAUCGGACGAGAUCCAACCCGCCGACGAGAACCAUGACCCCUUUCGACCGUCGGCAUCGAAAAGGUCCCGCGCGUCGCUCGAUUCGGGCUACGGCGCCGGCGAUCGCACGAACCACGAGACGCAGCUGCAGAUGCACGGCUUCGAGCUCGUUGCACCGACGCCGACGUUCGAUGAGCCCAUCAUCUGUGAUUCCGAGGGCGAGGAAUGCGAGCCGUUGACGUCCGAAGCCGACAUCCCGACGCCAUCGACGGCGAGCGAGAAGGCGCAUCGGCAUCGACUCGUCGAAGCCGCGACAAAGGCUGAACGCGCCAAGAUGGCCCCUGGAUCCUCUUCGGGAGCAGCACCCGUCACCUCGGUCUCGAAUGAGCCAGUCUUCGAGAUUGUCGAACGCGAUCUCGUGCGCCUCACGAACCGACGCAUCGCACUUCUUGAGGAGUGCCUCGAGCUGCUCAAUUCGGGGGCGACCUUCACCGAGUCGGGCUCGGACGAGCCGAUGCUACGCAACAACCUCAACUAUGUCGCCGAAAAGACGCAGGAACAGCGUGCGACGUUGCUCGCUCGCGGGAGAUCGUUGUCGCAGCUGCAGCUGAUGCUGGAGAAGCGCGCGAGUUUGCUCAAUGAGCUGAUCGACAUUCGUACGAACGCGAUGGGGGUCAGUGUGACAGGUAGCGAUCGAGGCUUCGUCGAACACCAGCUCGUCUACGUCAACAGCCGCAUUAAUGAUCUACGAGCCCAAGCUGGGGUGACGGGAGUGACGACGCCGAGGGCUGUCGCUUCGCCGGCGCCCACCACCCUCGGGACGAGUUCGAACCAUUCAACCGAUGCAGCUCGUUCCACAAGAGCUUCUGCACGGUCAGGAAUCGAAGUGGUUCCCAAUGUUUCGACCACACCGCUCCCAUCUCUAUCUCUAUCAGACCCUACGAUCGUGCAGCCGCCUCCACCGCAGCCCCAGCCGCGGCUAUCAGUCGGGACGGACGUCGUGUCGGGCCCAUCCAUGCCCAACAGUAGUGGAUCGUGUAGCUCCCUCAACAGUGCGACCUCCAAGAUUCAUGCUCCUCGACCUGCGGCAGCCAAGGUCACCUCUUUCAGGCCUGCUCCGAACCCAGCCACGAACAUUGCCCCUGUCCCCGCCCCCGCCCCCGCCGCGAUGCCGACCCCGACGACUGCGUCUGUAUCCCGCCCCAUACUCGUCCUCCCGUCAGCCCCUCUUUCUUCGGACGCUGUAACAAAGCCCCCUUCCAUUCAAGGCCAACCAGCUGGUGAUAGUCUUGCUGGACCGUACAAGCCACCUGCACCAGCCCCCGGUCGCGUCGCUCCCACUUCUCGCCUCAAUCUACAGCCCGCCCCUGGCGGAUCGAUCGCUUCGACAAGCAAGACGAUCGUGAUCGAAGACGACUUCGCGGGAAUCAACUUCGACGAGCCGUUGACGCUUGAUGACGAUGAUGACAUGCUGUUCGUCGAGUCCACCACUAGUCGACGAACUGGUCGUGCAGCGCCGGCGGGUGAUAAAAGCGAUGUAGAUCCGGCGCUAGCGAUCGUGGCUCCGAGGUUGAACCAUCCGUGGUCCCGUGACGUCGCCAAGGCUCUGCGUCAACGCUUUGGCCUGACGGGGUUCCGAGCAAACCAAGAGGAAGCGAUCAAUGCGACGCUAGCAGGAAAAGACGUAUUUGUCUUGCUGCCCACAGGAGGGGGCAAGAGUUUGUGCUUCCAACUGCCCGCGGUCAUUUCGACGGGCAGGACGAAAGGUGUUACCAUUGUCGUCUCCCCUCUUUUGAGUUUGAUCUCGGAUCAGACCAAUGCGCUCAUAGAAAAAGACGUGAGUGUCAAAUUACACUCCGUAAGAUUUGUGUGUGUGCUGAUCCGCGUCCUUCCACCCCUUUCAGAUCCCGGUCGUCUUUCUCAACUCGACGAUGGCGGCUGCCGAUCGCAAGUUUGCAAUGGACGCUAUCCGCUCCGACCCUCCGCUCGCCUGUUUGGCCUAUGUCACUCCUGAGCAGGCAAGUAUUACCUUUCUGGAGAAUGUUGAGUUUGAACUCAAAGCUGACGCUCCCAUCUUACGACAUGAUUUCCAGAUUGUCAAGAGCGACGCCUUUCGCAGCGUGCUGCGCGAGCUCUCUCGCCGCGAGCAAUUGGCGCGAUUCGUCAUAGAUGAAGCACAUUGCGUCAGCUCAUGGGGACACGACUUCAGUAAGUCAUUUAUACAAAGUGAGCGAUCGCCGUGCUACAAACUUACAUCGGCGGCUUUGCGUGAUCACAGGGCCGGACUACAAAGAGAUGGGCUCCCUUAAGAAGGACUUCCCGCGCGUCCCAAUGAUCGCCCUGACGGCUACAGCGAACGACCGCGUCAAGAACGACGUCAUGUCCAACCUACGCAUGCAAUCACCCCUAGUCCUAACGCAAUCCUUCAAUCGCAAGAACCUGCGCUACGAGGUCCGACCCAAGGGUAAAGGCGUUAUCAAUGAUAUUGCGACUUUGAUCCGGACCAAUUUCUCGGGCAAGUGUGGGAUCAUAUAUUGUAUGAGCAAGAAGCAAUGUGAGGAUACGGCCAAGACGUUGAGGAAUCGCUAUCAGAUCGGGGCACAGCAUUACCAUGCUGUAAGUACACACAGUUCUCGCUGCUCGGAAUGCGGAAGCUGACUCUAGUGUUUGACGGCGCUGCACUCAGGGUAUGAACAAAGACGACCGCCUCAGGAUACAAGAGGGGUGGCAGCACAACGAGUUUCACGUCAUUUGUGCCACUAUCGCGUAAGUGUUUCAGUCAUGUCCGUAUCUUUGCCAGAACUUAUCUGACGAACUUCAAAACCUCGCGCACUGGUUGCAGAUUCGGAAUGGGCAUCGACAAACCCGAUGUUCGAUACGUCAUCCAUUACUCGCUAUCCCAAAGUCUAGAGGCCUACUAUCAGGUAAGCCCACGAUCACCUCGGUGUUCCACGAAAAUGGUACUGAUGGUAUCCGCGAGUGCUGGCGAGCAGGAGACGGGUCGAGCCGGUCGGGAUGGUGUGACGUCGACGUGCAUCCUCUUCUUCGCGUAUGGCGACACCAAGCUCAUCAACCGACUGAUCGACGAAGGCGAAGGCACGGUCGAGCAAAAGGAGAAUAACCGCGCCAACGUGCGCCGCGUCGUCCAGUACUGCAUGAAUGAGACGGACUGCCGGCGCGUGCAGGUAUUGCGCUACUUUGGCGACAACGAUUUCACCGCCGAGAUGUGCCACAAGACGUGCGACAAUUGCCUCGCCGCGCGCAACGUUGAGAAGAGAGACGUGACUGAGAUCGCACAGGAUGCGAUUCGACUCGUUCAGAGUAUCGAGAGGGAGAAGGGCGUGACCAUGUUGUAUGCCAUCGAUGUCUUUCGAGGGAGUAAGAUUGCAAAGGUGAGUUUGGAGACGACGGGUAGACACGACUCACAGUGCUGAUACGGUGGCUGUCUUCAUAGAUUACGGCGAAAGGUCACGACCAACUGCCGUACGCCGGGAAAGGGGCCAAGAUGGACCGCGGUGAUGUCGAACGACUGUUCCAACUACUCGCUUCCGAAUCGGCGCUCGGUGAACGCUUUGAGCGCAAUGCCCUCGGCUUCACGAAUGCCUACGUCACCGUCGGACCCAAGGCACGCGAACUGUUGUCCGGCUCGCGCAAACUCGAGAUGGGCAUGUCUUCGACAUCACACAAACGUGCUACGACGACGACGACGACUUCCACCGCUGCCAAAGCUCAGAAACCCAUCGCCGCCAAGUACAGCAACGAUUUCGUAGACGAUCUCGAAGACGAGGACAGCGGCGACGACUAUGCCAAUUAUGCUCCUGGGGCUGGACGUGACGCCAAUAUGUACGACGAGAUUCAAAACCUUACGUCGCCGGUAGCGAGCGCUUGGGCACCCAAGCACAUCGUCGGCGCUACCUAUGCGUCGGACAUUGACGCCGUGCUUGCUCAGUUAAUCAACCUUCGAGCUGAGGUGAGUGAUCGCUGCUUUUUCGACGAGUGAUUAUACAAUCUAACGUUUGGGUCAUAUUUUCCGUGACACAGACCGCUCUAGCUGAAGACUCUGAAGAGAGUCAAAUCAUUAGCGACGACGCUUUGCAGCGAGUGGCCGCUAAUCUACCUUGCAGCCGCGCCGAACUAGCAUUGUUAGUCUUAUGCUACUUGUGCACUACCUCGAUCGUCUGCUGACUCGGUGUUUCUGCUCACAACAGGAUCCCGGGUUGCGAGAACGAAGAGCUCUUCGAAUGGUACCUUGAGAGUGGGUGUCGAAAAGUCUGCUCGCUCGCUCGCGCUGCCCGAGCAAGGCCGGGGGCUCCGGCGGGCCCGAGCAAGUCGAAAUCGAUGGCGUCUACAUCGUGUGGAACAUUGACUGCUGUUUCAAGCAAGGAACCUCUAACGUAUGUCCCAUAGCGUCGCAUGUUCACUGCGCCUCGAAUUACGUAGCACCAAACUGACGUCACACCUUCCAUCUCGCCCUCCUAGGAAACCGGAUCGAGCGAAAGCUCGUGUCUCCGCCACCAAUGCUACCAAGCCGACAUCAAAAGCAAAAGUGUUGACAGGCGCGACCAAGCAGAUGAACAUCGAGCGUUUCGCCUUGGGCGCAGCAGCAAGUGAGCGACGCCCAGCGGGGCGGUCGAUUUCAAAUCCGCGGAGGGGCGCGGGCAGAAGCAAAGAAUCCCCCGCGACCGGCACGAGUGGUGCCGGCGGGGGUGGCGCCAUCAGAGCGAUGCCGAUACUGCGUCGGUGA